GAGAUAAAGGUAUGAGGAGGAGAGGAAGAGUAAAAUCGAGAAGUCGAAAGAGAAAUGGAGUGUGAGCGUGAAGUAUCGGAAGUAUCAGUGCCAGUGAGUCCUAGUGGACAAUACCUCAACAGCUCUGUGCUAUCGCUUUCUAUUCUUGCAGUUUUAGAAUCAGAAAUUCCCAUUGAUGACUCCCAAACUAUGUCACUCCUUAAGAAUGUGUUCCUACCCAUUAAUCCACGCUUUUCCUCCAUCAUGGUGGAAGGCAAAAAAGGAGUCAAAAAAUGGAAAAGGGUUGAAGUGAAGCUUGAAGAUCACAUUAAUGUGCCUAGGUUCGCAGAAGGAAUGUCUCUGGAGUUUUACGACAAAAAUUUCAACGACUACUUGUCAAAAAUUUCCUUGGAUCAAUUUCCACACAACCAACCAUUAUGGGAAAUUCACAUAAUUAAGUACCCUACAAGUAACGCGGCUGGAAAUGUAAUUUUUAAGCUUCACCACGCGCUCGGAGAUGGAUUUUCUCUAAUGGGAGCUCUACUUUCGUGCCUACAAAGAGCUGACAAUCCUGCUAUUCCAUUGACAUUCCCUUCGCGCCAAUCAAACUCGAAAAAAGAAUGCAAAACUACUAGCAUUUUCAAGUGUGUGCCUAAAAUUUUCACUAGGGUUAUUAAUACUGUGCAGGAUUUUGGGUGGAGCUACAUGAAGAGUAGGUUUGUCGAAGAUGACCGAUCACCAAUCCGAUCCGGUGAAGGUGGAUUUCGGGCUACCACAAUAACCACAUUAACAUUUUCUCUUGAUUGCGUCAAACAAAUCAAAGCCAAGCUUAAAGUGACGAUAAAUGAUGUGAUUACGGGAAUAAUAUUUUUGGGAACACGGCUAUACAUGGAAGAGACAAGCCAUGAGUCAGGCAAAGCGAGUUCUACGGCACUAGUAUUGUUCAACACUCGAGCCAUUGGUGGAUACAAGUCGAUUAGUGAGAUGGUGAAGCCUAAUGCUGAGAUGCCAUGGGGGAACCGUUUCACAUUCUUACAAGUCCCUAUACCAAAGUUAGCUAAUGCUGGUGAUGCUGCUGAUGAGUCUUCUUCAAACCCACUCCGCUUUGUCAUGAAAGCACAUCACUUGAUCAAGAGGAAAAGAAACUCUGCUGCUGUUUAUCUCAUUGGAACCAUGUUAGACACACUUCGAAAACUUAGAGGCCCCGAGGCAACUGCUCGGUAUCUCCAUAGUACGCUAAAGAAUUCAAGCCUGGGAAUAUCAAAUUUGAUUGGGCCAGUGGAGCCAAUGACUUUGGCUAAUUAUCCGGUUAGAGGAUUAUACUUUACAGUGAAUGGCGGUCCUGAGGAUCUGUCCAUAACAGUGGUGAGUUAUGUAGAAAAGCUUAGAGUUGCAGUCAGGAUGGACAAAAGCUUCAUUGAUCCACAGAAAUUCAACUCAUGCAUAGAGAAGGCUUUUGACAUGAUUUUCAGAGCAGCUGUAGAGUCUACCUCACCAGCAAUUUCAAGCACCAAAGUUUCCAAUAAGAACAAAAAGGAAAUUAAAAGCUCAUAAUAGUUCUGUCUUCUUCUUUACACUUCUUUCAUGAGCACAAUAGUUAAAUAUUACUUUAAACUGUAUUAUGAUCUCAUAAAUUAUGUUUUCUUUCCUACAGUCUUGUUUUCCUUUAGCUAAUAGGGAGAUUAACUUUGUCGCCCAAGGCUCAUUAUAAAAAAUUUCAAAAAAUUAUUAUU